AUGAUUCUCUCUCACCUUUUCUACCUCAUUUCGGCUAGCUCGGUUGCUCUGGCGCAGUCUCGCACAAUGGGCUUUAUCGGCUGCUCCAUGGCCGAGAACGUGGCUCAGGGCUACGUUGCUGUCGGCGGAGAGCGCUUGUGGGCCCCGUACGGCACCGGUGCAAUGGUGGUCCAGUCGUGGACGAGCCCGAAUUCGGCAUCAUGGCAGCUAUUUGACCGCCAGGCAACCCAAAAUGGCAAACCCACCGCCGUCUGGGUGCAGAUUUGCAUCUUUGCACAGGCUGGCGCAACAAUGCAGGAAGUUACACAGCUGAUCGAGAAUGCGCGUCAACACGCCGCACCGGACGCCGAAAUCUACAUUACAGGCCAACCGCUCUAUGAGCCGGGGCAAACCUGCUUCCUCGCCGGCGCCGAUGGACCUGAGCUGACAGAUAGUCUCGCCAAGCAGGCUGCCGAGGACCCUGCCCUCAACGUAACCUAUCCCGGUUCCUUCUUGCUUCGCCAAGGCGAAGUAGCGGAUGGCUGCCACGCGAAUACUGCGGGGCAACAAUCUCUAGGCAACCAGGCAAUCGAGUUCUUUGGUUGA